AUGCACACUCGUUUAUUCUUGCCACGAUCAAUUGCAGAUCCCCUUUCCUUUCUUUUAAAUCAUCUCCCUCAGCAUAAGCACCGAAAUUCUCAGGAUGUUUCUGCUUGGUUCUAUCGCUGGCCAGUUAUGUGUACCAUUCUACAGGAAAUAGAUUAUUUAAUGCACGAUAAACUACCCCCUCCACUUCUUGAUCCAGGCAGAAAAUUACUCAACUGGUUGUCUCUUUAA